AUGAAGACUCGUACGGAGGACUACGGCGGAUCUUUGUUUGAGAGCCAAUUGCUCCAUUCACAACUAAUGUCACGUUCGGCGCAGCACGGAUGCGACGGGAAAUAUUCCCACCUUAUGUCUAGCAUAUCAACCGUUGUCGACGAAGAUGAUCAAAAUCUUUUAAACGCUGUAUUGGAAAAUUUUUCAGUAUCAGGGAAAGAAGUAACAAGCUAUGCCGAUUACUUCGCCGAUGAUAACGAGAACGACCACGCAAGAAAGUCUACCUUGGAUUCACCGGGAUUCACCGGUCCAUUGUCAGAAGUUUGCAAUUACGAUGCAUACUCUACAGCAUCGGAUAUGUCCUCAGUGAAGCCGGGCUUCAAAUGGAGCACCUCAUCACCCACCAACUGUUUCGGCUCCGAAAAGGCGCAAUUAUACGAAAGAUUGUUCGACUCGUACAUCAAAUUGUUCAACUCAGAGAGUUCACAGGCUAUUACAACAAACCAACAGGAAAACAACAGCCGAAAUGAGUCAAUAGUCACUGGCUCCCCAACGUGGGACUCAGUGGAUGCCCUAAGUGUUUUUGACAAUUUGUGCAUUUCCGAGCGCUCGAACGCAGGAUCCAAAAAUGGAGAUUCGCGAAAAGCGCCGAAUACACCAAACGUAGUUGACAAGAGCAAAAGUCUCUGGAAACGUAAACGUAGCAAAUUUAAGACCCUUGAAAAAAGGGCAAUCCCGCAACUUACGGGACGUGAUUUCCAGGAAGCAGUGGAAUUUUUGAAACGCAUUCUGGACUCACUCUAUCAAGAUCAAAUUCCCCCGACGUUUUUCAAUGUACGCAGUAGAUUUGUGGAGUUCGACACGAAAAAUAUACCUGUUGAACACAUAAUGAACAUCUGCCAAAGACGUCAGGACAUAUUCAAAGUAGAAACGAAUGAAGAACUUAAUCAAACCUACAUCUACUUUGUGAAACCACCAAGAUAUUUCAAGAACUGGAUCGACCGCAACAACUUGACGGAUAUUUAUCCCGAGUCAAUGUGGGACCAGUUUUUGGACUUUUUGGUGGAACUGGUAAACAACCCAGACCAAACAGUUCCAGUCUUUCCUGGAAGCAUCUACGGCACUGCCAAGGUAUUCCAGAAACUGGAAUUACCAUUUUUCGAAGGAAUGACGCUAGGCACGCUCUGUCAUAUUGUACAGCUUGCCGUACGCGUCCGCAAGUAUCUCAUGUACGAACUGAAGACGUUGAAACCGAAUCUAUUGUCCAUACUACAAGCGUGCAUCAAACGCACUAAAUGA